AUGUCGUCUCCUUUCCCUGCCUCAGCCAAUCUCCAGAAGCCCGUCUGCGUCUUCUGUGGAUCAUCCCCAGGAAAGCUUUCUCUUUUUACCAAGGCCGCUCAGGCCGUUGGUGAAGCGCUGGCCCGAGCGAACGUGCCCCUCGUAUAUGGUGGUGGCCGUCGAGGGAUAAUGGGCGUUGUAUCUCAAUCAACCCUCACGGCUGGUGGAUAUGUGCACGGUAUCGUUCCAAACGCUCUCGUGCAACGUGCAGCGGAGUCCACCGCUGCCCCCUCCGCAGAGGCCAAUGCCCAGAGCAAAGAAGGCUCUGGCGAGGAGAUUGUCAAGGACGAAACCCAAGAAAAGUUGACGACUCAGGUGGUCAGCACCAUGCACGAGCGUAAACUCGCCAUGGCCAACCUCUCUACCGGAGGCUUCAUCGUCCUCCCCGGAGGCUACGGCACAUUCGAGGAAGCCCUCGAGAUGAUCACUUGGAACCAACUAGGUAUCCACCGUCUACCCGUUAUCAUCUUGAACAUUGGAGGGUUCUAUACCAACCUCUACAAGCAAUUUGAGAGCUCGGUCCAAGCUGGGUUCGUCGCGGAGGAAAACCUGGCGCUCUUGAAGCUCGUCGAGCUCGAAGGUGGGGCCGAGGGAGAAGACGGCAGGGCAGAAGAGUGGGGCGCUGCAGCGUUGAAGGCAUUGGAGGAGUGGAACUUGGACAGCAAUGCCGGGCUCAAACUCGACUGGAGCAACAAGUCCACCCCCAAAAUCAAUGUCUCAUCGCCAACCUAUGUCUUUUCCACUUUGCGGUAUACUUCUGAGCAGCAUGCGGGCAGCAUCCCCCUCCUGGAAACACACCUUGAGAGACUGCGAGAAGCUUUUACACACUUUUCCACUCUAGAGCCGGCGAAAUGGGGCACAUGGCCAGGCGAUGAGACCCUCGUCACAGCCCUGAAUACAGCAUUGAAACAAAAGGACGAGCAAGGCCCGCAUGAUUUCCGAGUACGCUGGGUGGUUUACCCUGGAGGAAAGGUCGAGGUGCAAAUGCCCCCUGCGCCGAAAGAUUCUGGCAACCUUGAUAUUCCAACUGAGAAAUCGCCUCAACUCCGACCAGUAGUCCUCGACCCGCAAGUCACCCACAUUGCCCGCGAAAAUCAGCCCGAGAAAGACUAUCGCCUGUACAAGACUGACCAGAGGGAGAUGUACGAUGCCGCUUACGUCCGCGGAGGCCAAUCAUCGACGGAACACCCCGAAGUCAUAGUUCACAACGGUACCCAUCUACUAGAAACGACAACUUCCAAUAUCGCCAUUCUCAGGUCCACAGAGCAGAGGUGGAUAACCCCGCGUAUAGGCAGUUCGACCCCGCUACUGAACGGGGUGUUGAGGAGAUACUUGCUCGAAAAGGGUGCCAUUGAAGAGGGCGAGUUGACACUGCAAGACCUGGACAUGGUCAAGAAGGGCCAAGCCCGGCUGAUCGGAUUCAACGGCCUGCGAGGCAUAUGGGAGGGAAGGAUCCUCUGA